AUGAAGCCAAGUCCAUCCGCCGACGAGCUGGCCACCAGUACACCUGGCAACGUCGACAUCCCAACAGACGCACCACCGCACACCCGAAAGAGCGACGACGAUAACGACGAUGACAGCGAGUACCAGAGCAUGAGAGAGAGCCGUGCAUGUCUGCGUGGCGGCGGACAAUCCGACGUGGCUGUCGGUGCGCAACAUGGACGCGCCUCGUACGGCUCCUUCGCCGGCAACGUCUUGCAGAUGCAACGCGAGCAUCUACGCGAGGCGGCUCUUCAAUGCAUGCGGUUGCGAUCCACCGGCUCAAUUUGCACGCAUGAUCCCAGUUGA